UCCCGCGGAGGUUGCUGGUCCCGGAGCUAAGCAACGAAUGAGACAAAACUGGAUUUGUCAGCCCAUAUAUGGAGGUGGACAACAAACCAUAAAAAGUAGCCUCAGUCCCUUGGCUGCCCUUGUAGGGUAUGCCCAGAUCAGUUAUAAAGUGCUCAGACCAGUUAUUACAAGUAAUCAAGAUGAAUAAACUGAUAAGCAGGAGUGUACACAUUGUGAAUCACUUCAAGAAAUCACUCUCUAAAACAACACUCAAUCUUGUUACCGAAACUCCUCAUCAUCAAAAACCGUUCCAGUACGACGAACCACUCAUCUCGAUCAACAAGAGAGGACGCUCUACAUUAUUUCAGUUAAAUAAAGAUGCCAUUUUACCCACAAGUGAUGGAAUUAUCCCUCAUAAUAGCAUAGUCGGUGGUCGUGGAGCACAUUUUAAGACCAAUAGUGGUAGCCAUGUUUUUAUACGCCGCCCAUCGCUAGAAGAGUAUGUCUUAUUAAUGCCACGGGGACCCGUUGUAUCGUAUCCUAAAGACAUAUGGGCAGUAUUGGGUUUAUUGGACGUGGGACCGGGGUCAAGAGUGCUGGAGGCUGGUAGUGGAUCAGGGUCACUCACACUCCAUUUGUCUAGAGCUGUCGCUGAUAGUGGGAAAGUCCACAGCUUUGAGUUGAAAGACAAACACUUGGAGACUGCGCGUGGGAAUGUCUCGAGGUGGGGGAGGUCUAGGGAUCUAGGUGGCGGUGAGGACUUUACGAGAAACAUCGACUUUUAUAACUGCAGUGUGGAGGAGUGUGACAAGAUAUUAGGGAGUGAGACGGUUGAUGGGGUGGUACUAGAUAUGGUUGACUGUAGGCGAGUGAUGAAGAGUGCUUUAAGUGUCAUGAAGGAGAAUGCUAUAGCUGUCAUCUAUUGUACCAAUAUCAGCCAAGCCAUCCAACUCAAUUACCAUUUGGAGCUACACAAAAACAAACUCCCUCCACACCACAUUGAAUCAAUGCUCGAAGUACUGCACAGGCAUUGGCUAGUACAGCCGGCGUCACAAAAGAGAAAACAUGUCUCGCAACUAUACCCAAAACUGAACAAAAACAAUGAUGAAUAUGGUCACGAGCGUUCUCAAGAUAUAGCAGAGGGGAAUAAUUCGAGUUUGCCAGACCCAGUAGGAGGAGAUAUUGAGUCAUCUUCAGACCCUCUUUCAGAACCAUUUGGUGAUAUUCCCUGCUACAUUGCAAGACCAGAGCAUAUACAAGACCCUCAUACUACACAUACCAUGUCAGAGGAGUAAAGUAUAGUCUCAGACACAACAGACAAUUAAUCAAUACAACAGGUCUAGUGGUCUACCUGACUUGAACAAGCUAUCGCUUAUCAGGAAUGCUUGGAACUUCCUGAGACAUCAAACACACACAAACUGACAUGUAUAUGUUAUGCAUAUCUACAUCGCAUUAAUAUGUACACGAGCACUAUAUGGAAUACAAUAAGAAAGAGAAUAAGAAGACGUGAUAGGGGAGAGGAGUGGGAGAGAGAGCAUGAAAGAGACAUAUUGAUCAAUGAUAUCAAGUGACUUUAAAAAUACCAAUUUAUAAUCUAACAAACACAAACAGAGAUAGACAAGUCAGGUAACAAUAUA